AUGAGGCGGGGGUGGCCAGCACAGGCCAAUCUUCAAAGCUUCAAGCUUCACCCGCCCUCUCGCUGUCCCCUGCCCAUGCUCUUCGACGCCCAUUGCAUCCCAUUGCGCAAAUUGUACCUAUUCUUCUGCUGUGACUACGAGCUCCAACUCAAGGGAGGCCGCACACGGUACACCUUCCCCGUUGCACCUCUCGGCGUCGUCAUCUCCUCGGUCCUUCGAACUUUGCCCAUGGUGCUCACUGCGGCUAGGCGAAGCACACGAUCGCCCUGCCUGGCGCCUGCCCUUCUGUGUCGGGCCAACACAUGCGACAUUGGCUGCCAGCGCAACGUUUCGACAAGAAAACGCGGGAGCGCAGCAACGGAGAAUCGACACUCUUCGGAGCAGCCAAUCUGGGACAGCGACGGAGAGGAGCCACAAUCCGCACAUCAUUCUCACCACCCCAAGCUAACACGCAACGUGUCUCCACUAUUUCCCCUUCGCGUUCGCAAUCUGUCCAACACCCCCCUCGCCCCCCUGGAUAUGUCGAUGACAGGACUAGCAUAUAAUGGAGAACGACGCUCUUCGGAGCGUCCAAUCCACUGUGUGCUUCUCGGUGUUCUCGAUAUACAUGGAUCAUAUCGACCGUCGGCCAACCACAGUCGUAUGCCAUGUCGAUCAUGCGAAGGGACGACAGGUUGA